UGUGGUGGGCGACUGGAACAACUGGGACGGCCGGGCGUGUCCCAUGGCCAAGCGCUUCCGAGCCGGUGAACACGGUGGAUUCUGUGGCCUCUGGGAGGUCUUUGUCCCCUUCGGUGAACUGGAAGACAUUCCCUUUGGAAACAAGCAACGCGGCAGCACAGGCAGCACAGGCAGCACAGGUGCAAUUCGG